AUUUGAACGGUGACGAGACGUGCUUAUGUAUGCGAGACUUGUGGUUUGCAUCUCAUGUCACGUCAUUCUAUCGACCAGGCUGUGCUGAAAUUACUCGUCAACUCUGCACUCCAGGUCCUUCUUAGAUCAAAUUGGAUGCAGCCACAUGUAAGCCCAAUCGAAGGCGAUCAUCUCUAGGCUGAGCUGAAUGCAAACUAUGUGGCUGGAUUAUAUGCAGUCCACCAGGCUGAGCUGCAGGGGACCUAAUCCGGAAGACGACAGAGCUAGACAAGUUAGAAAUGCAAUAUACGGACUGGAUCAAACCACGCCCUUUCCAAGAUGAUCCGGGAUUCAUUGGCAAGACAUUUGCGGCUCAGAACAAAACGUUCGGACUGGAAGAGAGGAUGUGUAUUCUUGCGACUGAAAUUUGGAUCGAUCGGCAGACGCAACUGGGUCGGAGGUCCGAUAGUAAUCAAAAGACUGUCCUCGAUACGGACGAACUCUGGUUCGGUAAGCGCAAAGUCCUUUAUCGCAUACGGAUGCCCGAUAAUUCUGUGUGGGUCGCCCGACUACACAACACACUGUACAGUAAGACCGCUAUCAUGGACCACACAACACGUACCGCGAAUCAGGUCCUCUUAUUCGAAAGCGAGGUCGCGACUAUGCAGUUCGUAAAGGAAAACACGAAGAUUCCUGUUCCCGAAGUCUAUGGAUACGAUCCGUCAACUACGAACGUACUUGGAACACCCUACAUCUUCAUGGAAUGUAUCGCAGGACAGCCUUAUCCAUUCCCGUUUAGCAAAGAGCGUCAUAUCAAGGAUGAAGAUUUGACAAAGAUACAUUCUCAGUUGACUGACUUCGCGUGGCAACUCUGGAACAAACCAUUUGACACAAUCGGACAGCUUCGUUUUGCUGCUGACAAAAGAGGAGGCGUGGUUAUUGGGCCUAUAGUUGAUCGUAAAGAACGCCUUUAUGGUCCUUUCGCGUCUUCGAGAGCGUUCUACAAAGAACGCGCAAAAAGGGUUUACGAAACUGAAAAGCGCAGGCGUGUGUUGGGAGAAGGAUUCCACGUUGACGAUAGUCUCGAAUCUGCCGCGCUACAUGUCAUGGCUGCAGAGCACGCUGGCAAACAGUGUUUCGACUCUGGACCUUUCGUACUUCAGCAUGCCGACUUGCAUUGGCAGAACCUACUCUUUGACGAACAUUGUACGAUAGUAGGCGUGAUAGACUGGGAGUGGACUCAGACCGUUCCGGUGGAUUCUUUCAACUUACUUCCCUUUAACUUUGCAACAAAGAUGUUGCCAUACCGAAAAGAUGUGGUCGAAAGGCAUGAGAAUCAUUCGAUUCAACAUUUCAACACUCUUUCAGACACGGGAAGCACUGCCGAUAGACUCAAUGCCAUCAAGGCCAUGACUUCCUUCCAGAACUCUCAGUCUCAAUGUCUCGCUCGAUACAUGGAACAGUACAACUGGCCGGAAAUUCGGAGAAAGCAUUUUGACCAUUUAAAACGGCUGGUCGAGAGCAUGGGCAGCAGUCAAUCAUAAUGAGGAAGUGAUGGAUUGGGACGACUAUGUACAUGCAAAGACCAAGACCUGGCGCGUCGCUGAAUGUAUGAUUCAUUAUCAUCGCAACUAUAUUUAAUCAGCUUGAGAACUUCAAGGAUACAGAGGCGGAUCGCAAAAACGUCGACCAUGUCGACGCUUUGGAUCGUCUACCA